AUGGUGCUAAUUUCACCACAAUUAAGUGAACGUCUCUUGAAGUGUUUUGGUUCUAGUCUAGUGGAUUUGGUGAAUGAGGGAAAGCUGGAUGAAUCUUUAGUUAACUCAUUCAAUAUGCCAAUUUAUUUUCCCUCUCCUGAAGACAUGACUAAAGUGGUGGAGAGAAAUGGUUGUUUUAGCAUUGAGAGAAUAGAGUUAACAUAUCCAAAAUCAAAGCUUGUGGAUGAGGCUGAUGCAAAAUCUUUAAUGAUAAACCUAAGGGUUGUUUUAGAAGGACUUUUCAUCAAUCAUUUUGGGAGUAAAAUAGCUGAAGAAGCUUUUACAAGGACUAUUCUCAAAAGUGAGAAAAUUUCAGCAUGGAUGAAAAUAAAUUACAAGAAAGCAUGUCAAUUAUUUGUUUCUUUGAAGCGUAAAUAA